AUGAUGGAGACCAAUCAGGAAACUUCCCUCUUCUUGGUGAAAAUCUUGGAGGAACUGGACAGCAAGCAAAAUACCGUUUCCUACCAGGACCUGUGCAAAUCCCUGUGCACCCGUUUUGAUCUGUCCCAGCUCUCCAAACUGAGAAGCGUCCUCUUCUACACGGCUUGUCUCGAUCCCAAUUUUCCAGCCACGUUAUUCAAAGACAAGAUGAAAUGCACCGUGAACAACCAGCAAUCGAAGAAAAUCAUGGUGGCGGCAGAUAUCGUGACGAUAUUCAACCUCAUCCAGAUGAACGGGGCUACAGCCAAAGAGAAGCUCCCCAGCGGCCGGCAGAAGAUGCGCAAGAAGGAGGCGGCCUUUGACUUGGGCCGCUCGGACACGGAACUCUGCACCGCAGCCCAGUGUGAGUCCCUCAGCUGCGAGCUGAGCGACCAGCCUUUCAGCCGGGGCUACCCCACCCGCCAGUCUUCCAAAUGCCGCAAGAUGGACUGCAAGGACUGCCCGCAGUUUGUACCUGCCUCCGAGCCCAACUUCCUGCUGGGGGUCAGCAAAGAUGUGAAAAACCGGGCGGCUUCCCUGGACAGGCUGCAGGCUCUGGCCCCCUACUCGGUGGCCAGCCCUCAGCCCUGCGAGAUGCAGAGAACCUAUUUCCCCAUGAACAUCGAGAGCGAGUCCAUGUCCGAUCAGGACUCCCUGCCCCUCACCCAGGGCAUCAAGGAGACUUUCAUCUCUAAUGAGGAGCCCUUCGUGGUCCAGUCCUGCGUCCAGAAAAGGAACAUCUUCAAAGAGGAGUUUCACAACCUGAUGACUGUGUCCCCCGAGUUGGCCAGCCCCGCCAACAAGGCUGAGGGCGAGCACGGGAAACCCCAGGGCCGCAAGGAGUCCCACAAGACACCCUUCCCCAAUCACAGCUUUGAGAUGCCCUACAACAGCCAGUACCUGAAUCCCGAGUACUCCCCUGUUCCUGACAAAAGGCGGGCAAAGCACGAGAGCUUAGAUGACCUUCAAGCCUCCACGUAUUUUGGACCCACUCCAGUGAUGGGGACCCAGGAGGCCAGGCGCUGUCCCGGGAGGCCGGGUAAGCAGACCCCCUGGCCGGCCAAAAGCUGGAGCCUAAACACUGAAGAAGUUCCUGACUUUGAACGGUCCUUUUUCAAUAGAAAUCCCUCCGAGGAGAAGCUCCGCUAUCCAAAUCCCAGCAGCCAGACCGCCAACUUCCCAACCCCAGACAGGCGCCCAGCUUACCUCAUGCCGCAGGAGCAACAGCCAAUGCUCCCCGUCGGCUACGCGGCCAAGCCAAACGGGCUCAAAUCUAAAGAGAUCUCGUCCUCCGUUGACCUGGAGAAGCAUGAACCGGUCAAAAAGUUUAAAGACAAGAGCAUUAGCUGCACCAGCAGGCAGCUCAGCUCAGACACCAGUAGCGUGGGCACCCAGACCGAGCAGCACGUCCUGGAGCCCAAGAAAUGCAAAGACUUGUGUGCCUCUGGGCAGGGCAAGUACAGUGACAGGCACGCCAUGAAGCAGUCAGAUGACGACUCGGAAGUCGUCAGUGAUGACAUCAGUGACAUUUUCCGAUUUCUUGAUGACAUGAGCAUCAGUGGCUCGACGGGAGUGAUGCAGUCAUCCUGCUACAACAGCACAGGAUCUUUGUCCCAGCUUCACAAGUCGGACUGUGACAGUUCACCGGAGCACAACCUAACCAAAAUCGCCAACGGGCUCCCCAGCAGCAAAGGAGAAAAGGGCAACCGACCUGAAAACAGCCACCACUCAGAAGAGGAAUUGAAGACCAGCGUGUGCAAACUGGUGCUCAGGAUCGGUGAAAUUGAACGGAAGCUCGAAUCGCUGUCGGGUGUCCGCGAGGAGAUCUCCCAGGUCCUGGGCAAGCUCAGUAAGCUGGAUCAGAAGAUACAGCAGCCCGAGAAGGUGAGUGUGCAGAUAGAUCUGAAUUCCCUGACCAGCGAGGCUCCGUCCGAUGAGAGCGCCUCUCCCCGGAUGUUCCGUGCACACAAUGGUUCCCACGGGCCCAAACUGGAGAACUCGGCCGACUGGUGCUCCUCAGACGCCAGCGGAAGCAACAGCGAAAGCCUUCGUGUCAAGGCGUUAAAAAAAAGCCUCUUCACCAGGCCAUCCUCCAGGUCCCUGACGGAGGAAAACAGCGCCACAGAGUCCAAAAUCGCCAGCAUCUCCAAUUCGCCCAGGGACUGGCGCACCAUCACUUACACCAACCGCGUGGGCGUCGGAGAGGAGGACGUGAAAGACAGAGGCCCUGGGGAAAGUAAGGACUGGCAUCGAAAAUCUAAAGAGGCAGACAGGCAGUAUGACAUCCCCCCGCAGCACCGACUGCCCAAGCAGCCCAAAGACGGCUUCCUGGUGGAGCAGGUGUUCAGCCCUCACCCCUACCCUGCCUCCCUCAAGGCCCACAUGAAGAACAACCCUCUGUACACAGACAUGCGGCUGACGGAGCUGGCGGAGGUGAAGCGGGGCCAGCCUUCCUGGACCAUCGAGGAGUAUGCUCGCAACGCGGGCGAGAAGGGCAAGCUGACAGCCCUGGACCUGCAGACUCAAGAAUCUUUAAACCCAAACAACUUAGAAUACUGGAUGGAAGAUAUUUAUACUCCAGGCUACGACUCAUUACUGAAAAGGAAAGAAGCCGAGUUCAGACGAGCCAAGGUCUGCAAGAUCGCUGCUCUGAUCGCUGCAGCGACGUGCACAGUCAUCCUGGUCAUCGUCGUGCCCAUCUGCACGAUGAAAUCAUGAGCCGCUGGACGUGCAACGUUGCCUACGGCUCAUGACGACCGACGUCUCCCUCUGUAGUUUAAAAUCACGUGCCAGUGGGGCCACGGUUUGUUGAAAUAGAAAUCACAGAGGCUUUUCUGCAAACACUGACGAUGGCCUUCAGAAAGUAUACAUUCUAGAGAGAUAUCUACCUACCUAUUAGCUUUGACUUAAUUCCAUGGAUGAAUUUUAAGAGUGCAAUAUCUUUUCCUACCAAAAGAAUGUAAUGGACUACCAGUAGAUACAAACUGAAUUCCAAGCAAAUAAAACAUAGGAAGAUUAAUUGGUUGGAUUCUUUCCAUUUUGAUGAACUUUCAUGGCGGGGAAUAUGUUAUAGAGGAGAUGGUUAAUCCAUGCCUUUUUUAGGGAAGCUAAGGGAGAUAGCAAGAUGAGAAUAAAAAAAAAAAAAGCAUGGGUUCUCUUUCCCUUAAUGUUCUUAGACCAUCACUGGCAAAGAAACAGGGUAUGUAUCCAUAAAGGGGGUUACUUCU